GACGAUGACCCAGGUAAAAGUAAGGCUUGGUUCUAUUAUAGUUUCGAGACAACUAAAUAAUAAUGUACACGACUCUAGUAUCCAGAGAGAUCGUCAACCAGAAUCUCCAUUGGGAGGACCCUGUCGAACUCGUCAUCAUGCAAGCAUACCUCGGGACAGUGGCAGUCCCAGUUGAUCAGAUGAACCCCAAUUGGGGGUCUGGAAUGAAGUCGAAUCGCCCCAUCAACAAUCACCAAGUGAAAGAGUUAUCAACUCUGUUCAUGGAUACCGGUUUGCGAAAGACCACCGUGGAGAACAGAUUGUCUGCGGGUUGCACAGCCGACGACUUUGCUAGAAUGGUUGGAUCGCCACCGCCUGAAGUUUUGGAAAAGCACAAGAUGGGAGGAUAUAGAUUCGGAGCCGAACUCAGCUACUUCCCAACAGGUAACGCAACUGGCCAGGACAUUGCAUUGUACGCUGGUCAACAUCGCCGCGCGGCAGAUCAUCUCGAUACUGUCCAACCACAAGAACCUUUCUGAAGAGGAAAAGUUAGAUGUAAGUCAGGGCCAAUUCAAACCAUGGUUUGAUUUCUGACUUUAUCAAAGAUAGCGAUCUGGCCAACAGAUUUUUAUGACAUUAGUAUCUUGACCGAGGAAGC